AAAAAAAAAAAAAAAAAAAAAAAAGCUUCACCACUUGGUUGAACCUUCUCGUAACUAAAUUGGCAAUUGGCUAGAGUGGCUUCCUCACAUUAAUCACGUACAUAUUUUAGGGUUGAAUAGUCGAUACAGAGGUUUAGUUUCAUAAACCAUUAACAUUGUUAUUCGGCUGAUUGCAUACUUGUAUGUAGGGGCGGAGUCACUGUGGGUUCAUUAAGCCCACUAAUUUUUUGAAUUUUUUUUAUAAAAACACAAAAACUGAAAAACGGUUAAAAGAAAUAUCUGUGUAGCCAAUGUCAAGAAGUAAAGGUGUAGCUGAGUGGAUUUUUUACCUCACAUUGUAUAUGAAAUUAUGAGUUCGAAUCCCAUUACUCACAGUCACACUUUUUUGGUUUCUACAUUACUGUUUAUCACGAACAGUUUUCCACUUUUCCCCCAAAUUCUAAAACCCUUAUUCCCCUAAACUCCUACUCCCCUAAAUCUCUCCAAUCGCCGUGUGCCGCCCGCCGGCCACCUUGUAGUCCGUGACUCCGUGACGCAUUCCGCCUUUAGUCGUCCUUCACCGGCCACCUUCGUUCAAUCAAUCAGUUCGUGACGCUUCAGUCCUUCAACAUACCGCAAUCGCAUACGGCACUUCGAUCAAUCGGCUCACGGCGGCACGGCCUCUACCAGUCGACCUGGUGUCUGGGAUCCAAGGCGUCCAACCCAUUGAAUUGCUCUAUUAAAGCGCAUUCAACGUUCUCCAUUGAAGCGCAGUUGCCGUUCUCCAUUGAAGCGCAGUUGUCGUUCUCCGUUGAAUCUAGUUCUUGUAUCCCCCAUUGAAGCAGCUUAUAAGGAAUUUGCUUGUCUUAUCAUGGAUUCUUUGGAUGAUCCUUUUGCUGAACCUGUGGUUGCCAAAGCUCCAGCUAUCGAUAGGUUUCAGCCUAAGGCUAAGCCACGACCCAAGAAAGGACCAUCUGUCGCGGUAAAAGCAACCAAAGAGCCGCCUGUAACAUCAGUUCUGCAAUUGAAUCAGUCUAAUGAUAAUGUAGAAAAGAAGUUAGAAGAUCUUAAAAGUUCAUCCUUAACAGAAAAUGAAAGCUCAGGAUUGCCAGCUGAGGCUCAGGAAGUGUCUGGUUCUGCUGUUACUGGGCAUUCAGAAAUUGCUGGUCCAUCAACAAAAGAAGCUGAGACACCAACGGCGAAUGCACCCGGUGUUCACAGUGAAAAGGAGCUAUCAGAUUUCCAUAGUGUUUCUUCUGCCAGUGUUUCGCUUCUCAGGCCAUGUAAUGCACUAGCUGCUCCUGAUCAGCAUGAGGAUCAGACGUUUGAAAAUCAAGAAGUCUAUAAGGAGUCCAUGGAAUGUGGUGAUGAUGGAGACUUACAGAUAGAUGUUGAGCAGCUGGAAGCAGGGGAUUUUUCUUGUCUCGACAGUACAGAUAUAAUGACUGAGGGUGCUGCUGCUUCUGGAACAAGAGCUGUUAAGUUCAAGCCCAAGCCUAAGGCACAAAGUGAUAGACGGAAGAAAGAUUCAGCUGAGGCUGUUUCUCAUCUUCCGCAUUCUCAGAAUCUCCCUUCUGAAAGUGAGCAUAUGACAAGUGAUGGUUCAAUUCAUGCCAGAGAACCCAACACUGUGUCCGAUGUUGUACAUAUGAGGCUUGAUGGCAAUUUUUCCUUAGAUCCUUCCGUGUAUCAACCUGAUACUGUAGUCUCUGAAGAUAUAGAUUCAUUGAUGCCUGAAAAAUUACCACAACAGAGUGGUGAGGACCAUAGAGAACAGAAUUCAUAUGAUGCUUUAGGCUCUUCUGCCAAAUCAGUAGAUGAAGGGUUUUUGUCAGCAUUUGAAGGAAAUGAAGAUGGAUAUGAACCCCUAGAUGGAAUAAAUGGUGGAUUCAACAACAUAUACAGCUCUUACGACAAAGCAUCUGAUAACUCAGCCUUAAAUAGAGAUGAAAAUAAUGACGGUGAUCAUAUUGGCGAAGAGACUUUGCAAAAGAAACAGCCACGAAAGUCGAAGAAAGUCACAGUUGAAAAUAAUAAACCGGCUAGAAAGAGGAAGAAGGCAACCCAGGAACUUAAUGAAUCUGUUGAAAAACCUCCCAAGAAGUUCCCUCGAGCAACUCGACGAAAAAGAUGUGUGGACAAAUCCUUGCUUGAAGCACCAGAGGACGAACUGGACCUUCAAAGGGUUCCAAUCAGGGAUUUGAUCAUACUUGCAGAGUAUAAAGAGCGCCAAGCUAAGAAAGAAGCAGCAGCAGCUAUGCCACCGCCAACCAGUGAGAGGAAUAAUAACCUGUCGCCAGAGGACCUUCCGUAUGAUGAUAAUGAGACAUUUGAUCAAGAUGGAGAUACUUAUGAUAAUCCUUCGACUUUAAGGGUUCAAAAAGAUACAGGCUACUUUAAUUAUCAGUCAUUCAUGACAAAAGAAACGAGAGCAAGGUGGACAAAGCAGGAUACUGAAUUGUUUUACCAGUCUCUCAGUCAAUUUGGAUCUGACUUAUCAAUGAUUCAACAACUUUUUCCUGGGCGCACUCGGCAUCAAAUCAAAUUGAAAUAUAAAAAGGAAGAACGCCAAAACCCUAUGAGGGUUCAUGAUGCUUUGACUAGUAGAACACAAGAUAUCUCACAUUUCGAGCUCGUAAUCAAAAGGCUGCAAGAACAAGCUGCACAAGACGAAAAGAUUGAUAAUGAUGAUCCAGUUUGCGUAACAGGCAAGGACGAAGGGCCAGAGGAAGUUUCCAACGCUAAUGAAGAUGUUGCAAAUGCCAAGCAGAACGAAGAAGCUCACGUUGUUGAUCAAGAGUCUCCCAAGUUGCAUUACAGUGAAGAUGAGGACUAUGAUUGGAGCUCAUAUAAAAGUGAAUUAUAGCAUUUAAACAAAUUCACCUUUUCUAUUCCUAACACCCUUUCUAUUUUUUAUGAUGAUGAUGACACCUUUAUUGAUAGUUUGGAUGACAACCAAAUGCACGGGGAAGUACUAAUUCCUAGGUAGUAAGUUAGUAACAGCUUGAUCUGAUUAUAAAAAGUGGAGCUUUUUUAAAAAUUCUAGUUCCCACAAAAUGGGGAAGUUAAUUAUUUGACCUCAUUAUGUUAGUGGAACUUUAUAUGAGAAUUCCAGCUUCUUAUAAUAGUUAUUCAAACAAUUUUACUUGCUUUUAGGAAGUGAAACUGCAUAGCAAUCAAUAUAUAAUUACUAAAUAAUAAUAAUCUAUAAUAAUAACCCUUAUAAAAGUUGAAACUCCCUACUAUUUGCUCUUUACUGUGCUUAGGAACAGUAAUUUCUUGCGCUUUUACUCUACUGCCCCCAACAUUAAUGAAUUGCCCAAUCUGCCCCUGCUUGCAUUGACUUGCACAGUAGUUUUCUUUGGUCGGUUCCUGGUUUCCUCCCUGCCUUUCGUUUUGCCGCCUCUUCACGAACUCCCUCAAAACCAGUUAUCUUUCUGGCUUUCUCUCUCCUUCCCUCCAUUUUCUCUCUCCUCCCUCCAUUUUACAUUUCCUGAGCAUAGCUAACAUCGCAAGAAUGGAGCAGCAGCGGUGAAAUCAAGGGCGGCGGCUCAACUAACACAAGAAUGGGGAGAUAUUCAGGUUCGAGCUUGAGGAACUUGCUAAUCAAUCUGAUUAUUUUUCCUUUUAUUUGACUGAUUUAAUUUUUUGUUUAUUUCUGGGUUUUUUCGCAGUUGGAUUUUUUGGGGGUUACAGAAAUUUCUUCCCUUUUCUAUGAAUCUCGAUUUUUGAUUUUUUUUUGGCUUAGGAUUUUAAAAUUCUUUUGGUUUUUCUGCUUUUUUUUGUUUUAAUUAGAUAGGAUUUGGGAGAUUGAUGAUUUUCAGGUUUUUUUUUUUCUUGGUAAUGCCGGUUCUGGUGAUGGUAAAUUGGGCGUGAAAAAUAGCUUCAUCAGCUUCAAUGAUGGAGGAGAGAGACUGUACUAAUUUUGGCUCACUAGAAUAAUCGAACACUUCCUUUUUCUCUCUCCUCUCCCAGAAAAAAAAAAAAAAAAAAAACCCCAUUUUCAAAACCUUAAUUUCACCUGCAAAUCUCCUCACUCCUUUGCCAUAAUCUCUCUCCACUUUGAUUGCAAUCUAAUUGCAAUUGAAAUUGUCUACCAACUCCUUUAAUACAUUCGUCUUUUCGAUCCAGAUUUCGCAGUAUUAUACUUAAUUUUAGUGAUUGUUGAAUUUAUGAUUGGUUUUCGGUGGUUGUGAUUCUCUCGAAUCGAUGAUUUGAUCGGCGAAUUUUCGAGAAUUUGGGGUUCUGGUUUUGUGUAGGGUGGUCGAAAUGGCGGCACCAAACCCAGGGGAUCUGUUUGAUACGUAUUUUAGGAGAGCUGAUUUGGAUCAGGAUGGUAGAAUUAGUGGGGCGCUGAAGCCGUCGCUUUCUUCCAGGGUUAAUUUGCCGAAGCAAGUUCUCGCGCAGAGGAAAUUUAGCAAGCAGCGGUGAAAUCCAAGGCAAUGUCUUAACAAUCAGAAGAAUUGGAUGAAAUACUACAUCGCCAAUCUCCUAUCCAACAAUUAUAGUUGUGAACCCUUGUGCUCAAGGAGUUAAAAGCAGCCGGGUGGUUCUUUCUGUUUCCUGUAACCAACAUAUUAGGUAUCUUAUUUUCUUAGUUCUUGUUCUCAUGUUGUUUAUGUAUUAAAGUGAUCUUGUCAAGGUAUAAUAUUGCUUUCUUAUUUUUGAUUUGGAGUGCUGAUAUUAAUUUCAGAUGCAUUGAAAUAUAUAUAUUUUCUGAUUUUUAAUUGAAUUCAUCUUAUGGAAUUUAUAUGUUAGACAAAAUAAUUAAUUAUUUUGCUUUUGGAUUUUGUAAAAUUUGCUAAUUUCUAUUGGAAAUACUACGCAUAUGAUCGUUGUGAGCAAUUGUAUCUUUGUACUGGGGCACGUCAAAUAUAUGAUCAUUGUGGGCAAUUUACCCUGGUCCAUUUCCUUUUCAAUUCCUAUCUCUUUUAUCUAAAUUUUCAAUUAGUUUCUUCCUCCGCACCUAAUUUAAAGGGAAUAAUAAACCUUUGCCACAAUGUUAGUUUGACCAGUUACUUGAAUUGCCAAAAGAAAAUUUACUUGUAGUUUGGAACAUGAUUUGGGAGAUUUUCGGGAGAAUCGAAGGUGGGUGUUUGGUAUGAUUGGCUUGAAUGUACAUCUAAUACCUAACAUUGCCUAUUAUAAUAAUAUAGUUGUUAAGGGUUGUUAAAGUACAAAUUCUAACUGUUAUAUUUUGUUGUUUGAUGGGUUUUUAGUAUGAAAACUUUAUAGCUUAGAUACAUUAAUAUGCUCUUUUUUCCCCUUUUUCUGGUAACCAAUUAUCAGUAACACCCUCUAUUAUUGUAUAGAAUUGAACGACAAAAAAUGCUUUGGGGGCUCUGAACUUCUAAACUUUCUCCUCACAAGUAUUUCGAACACUGUGAGUAAUUACUGAUUUUUUAAAUUGUGUUUUGGAAGAUAUGCGAGCUCUCGACGAGUUGAGGAAGCUGAAAUUGUUCUUCAAGGAUGAGAGCAGCCAUGGUCUUUCAGUUUCGGAUCUCUAUGAACUUAUUCAGCAUGCUGACAAUGUGUUACCGAGGCUUUAAGCUGUGUUACAGUCUAACAGAGCAUUUUGGUGAUGAUGAUGCAACUCAGAUUGAUUUAGACCUUGAUUAGAUGAACUUUCACUUAUCGAUCUUGUUUCACGACUACUUCAGUAUUCACCCAGUCUUCGUUCUACUGCACCUCCCUCCCCUUCCGAGCAAAAAAAACUUUUACAGGAAAUGAUGGAAUGAGUUGAAUUCAAGGAAAAAUGAGUCCAUCUACAUUAAAUUUCCUUUUGCAGUUGGAUGCAUGAUUUCUUCCUUUCUUUGAUGAGCUUAUGGUUCCCAAUACUCGCCUUGCAAACGGUUGCCCACUGUCACCUUUUUUCAAUUUCGUUAUUCCACGUGACAGAUCAAUUUGUUAACAAGAUUACUACUGAUGAUGAAGCUCUCAUUCAGUACAUUAAGAAGGUUAUAUCCAAGAGAAAUUCAGAAGAGGCGUAAGUAUGCCCAGGGAGGGAGGUGAGACCUUGACAUGUUGUAAUGAAGCACACGGCCUUGGAGAUGACUAUGACAGAUCAACCCGGCUUACUAUCUGAAGUGUCAGCUGAGCUUGUUGAGCUGGGGUGCCAUAUCAGUGCGCUGGGGUGCCAUGUCAGUGCCUGUGUUGCAUGGACCCACAAACACCAGGGUGCAUGCAUCAUCUACGUGAAUGACCAGGAAUUGAGCAGACCUACAACUGAUCAGAAAUGCCUUUUUCAUAUAUCUACACAACAACAAGGCCUUUUUUGAGCUGAGCCUAAGUAUCGAGUUCAAAUUGCAAUCAUUUUAGUAAUGUCUACAUCAAUGGAGGGUGGUACUCUGGGGAUUGGUUUUGGGAGAGGUUCUUAAAUCCAUGAGUUAGAGCAGAGAAGCCAGUAGCAUUUUUCUUCCAGAAUUAUUCUUUUAGCCGAGGUAAGGAGAAUCCUUGUGGCACUUUAAAUCUGUAGCGUUAACCAAAGAAAUUCGAUAGCAUUUGGGACCCAAAUCUUUCAUAGUAAAUUCUGAGCUGAGAAGAGAGAGAGAGAGAGGUAGAGGGGAGCAACGAGAGUGAGCUUUUAAUCGAUUGUUUUAAAAGUAUAAGAUGACUAUAGGCAAGUAGGAAGAUACUUCCUUAAAUUUACAUAGCCUUCAAAAAUAAUUUUGAGGAGAGCGUGGAGAAGGAAGGUAGAAGGAGAGCAAAAUACCUUUAAGAGGCAUAGUGAUCAUUUUAAAAGUUAAAGCAUAAGACAACUAUAAGCAAGAAGGAAAAUACUUCCUUAAAUUUGCGUUGCCAUUAAAAAUAAUUUAGAGGAGAGAAAGGAACAAUAAUGAGAGGGAGAAGGAAGGUGGAAGGAGAGAAAAAACACUUUUAGGAGACGAUUGUUAGAGUGUAGUAAUAGCAGCAGCAGUAGUAAUAGCAGUAACAGCAGCAGUAGUAGUAGAAGCAGCAGCAGUGGCAAUAGCAGUGACAGUGACAGUGGUAGUAGUAGUAAUGGGAAGAGUAGUAGUAGUAGUAUUAAAAGUAGUGGGAAGAGUAAAAACACGUAGAAAGACUAUAAAUUCCACAAAAUCAUAAAAGAGAAGUGAUUAAUGGACAAAGAGGAAAAGGAAGGAGGAAGGGAAUUCGGAAGAGACUUUCUAAAACACAAGUGAAAGCAGGUAAAUAAAUAUAUUCUUAUUGUUGUAUAAAUUACACUAACAUUUUAGUACUCUUAAUCUCAUAAUGAAAGCAGGUUUCAAAUAGGUUUAGUAUUGAAUUCAAAAUCUUCAUCGGAAACCACAUCUAAAUUAGCAAGGUAGAAGCCUUGGGGAUCUAAAGACGAGAUAGGAAUAUGUUGGGAAGCUGAACGUCAAUAUUCCAAGGUGAUCAUGAUUUGAACCAAGGUCAAUGUUAACUAAGAUAUGGUAUUCUUGGAAAAUUUGACAACCUUGGGUUUUUAGUAAUAAUGGAGCUCUUUCCUCUCCUAUCCCAAGCAGUGUAAAGCAUGAGUAUCCAUAUCUCAUGGGAAAAUGGCAUGGAAUUGUGUAACUAAAUUUUAAUAUACUGUUGGUUUCUCUCAACUGUAAUAUGUAAUCCUGCGUAUAGAUAUUAGGUUGGAGAAAUUAGCAUUAUUUACAAGACAGGGAUUUUUCAUGUACUUUUUUUUGGGUAGUAAUUCCUGUACUCUUUAUACCUUUAUAUUCCUGUAUAAUUAAUUGGUUAUAAACAUUUAUUUAGAAAACAAAUUUGCAUUUUUAGA